CACACAACAACGAUGGCCUCGCAGCUCAAGACUCUGUAUGAAGAACUUCAGCGUGCAUUUUACGCACAACCAUCGUCAGAUCUAAAGAAGUGUGCUGCUGUCCUUACUCAACUCAAGAUUGGUUUGAUACAAGCAGGUCUCUUACUUCCGCAAGGGAAUGUAAACCUUGGCGAUCUAGUCGUUGCUCGGGAUAUUCUUGAAAUUGGUGCAUUCUCCAGCAUUAGGUCACAAGAUGUACCUUCAUUCGACAGAUAUUUCUCCCAACUCCAAACCUUUUACAUUGACUAUAGCUCUUCUCUUCCACCCUCAAAACGAGAAUAUCCCAUCCGUGGCCUUAACCUAGUCCGCCUGCUCACUCAGAACCGGAUAGCAGAUUUCCACACGACAUUAGAGAAUCUCCCCGCGGACGUCAUCGCUGAAAACCCUUUCAUUCGACACCCUGUUAACCUGGAGAGGUGGCUCAUGGAGGGGAGCUAUAGUAAAGUGUGGAAUGCACGAGAGGAGGCACCUGCAGAAGAAUACAAGUUUUUUGUGGACAGUUUGAUGGGCACUAUCAGAAACGAAAUAGCCAGCUGUGAAGAAGCAGCGUACGAAAGUCUGCCUCUGAAAGACGCGGCCACUUUGCUAUUCUUUACCAACCAGUCUGACCUGUUGAAAUAUGCUCAAAACCGGGGAUGGGAAGUCAACCUUACAGCUUCAACUAUAACGUUUGCCAAGAAGGGGGAAGAAAAAAUGGAGAUACCAAAGCAGAGACUCAUCGCUGCAUCUCUUGCAUAUGCUAGGGAAUUAGAACAGAUCGUAUAGGACAUAAUGUAUUGCAACACCGCGCGAGUCAUAUUUCAUCCGAGAAAUCGUU